GUCUCGGCAAAUCCCGCGAGUGCACGUGUUGUUUACCUUCCAGCAGAAGCUUUGGAAAACAGGAAAAAGCAAUGGAAAUGCUUCAAGAGGACCUCGUGGGCAGUGACAGAGUGGACAGGGACUUCCUCUACACGGGCAUUCCAGAGGAGAUGAUCAGGAAGUUUCUGGAAAACCACAAACGCAGCGGCGCCACAGAAGAGCUUAAGGAGUUUGAGAAGAUUCUUCAGGACAGUCCUGAGAAUCUCAUUGAAGCACUGAGCAAUUUUAAUCCCACCACGUUCAACGGCUACCUGAAUCUCUUGCAAGCAUCCGUGGUUGUGUUCCUCACCCAGAAUCCCUCGGUGUUCUGCUCCAUGAAGAUUGCUCAGCUUCGGUGUCAUUUGUGCAGAAUCAUGGUCAGCGAUUGGGUGGAUAAUCCCGUUCAGGUUCACCUGGCUGUGGAGAAGAUCCUGGAGGGCCUGAGAUCUGUCCACAACACGGAUCUCUUGAAUGUUGCACACAUUUGCUGGCAAUUGUGUGGCAUCAACGAUUUCCUCUUCAUUGUGGCUUUGUCACUGGCUUGGGAGGCUUUUGAGCAAUUCCUGGACAAAGACAGAAUGCCAGCGGAGGAAAUUUAUCGCCCACAGCACUUGAGUGUCCUCAUUGAGCGCCUCCAGGGAAUCAACAUGGUUGAUUAUCAGACAGAUCUCUUGAAGUUCUUCGUCCUGCUGAAGAUUGUGUCGCUAAUCCUCCGCCUGAUGCUGCCCAGAGUGCCGCCCAGGAAGUUCUCUAUCCUUUACGCCAAGGAGAUGAAAGUCGUGAGCAUGGAGAAACUGAGGGAACUUAAUGAUUGGUGCCAUAAGGCGCAGAAGAUUCUCCGGAUUCCCGGAUCGCCGACAAUAGAGAAGAUAAAGAUUCGUGAAGUGAUGGAAUUCGAGAUAUUCACUGCCCUCGAUCAGCAAUUGGAACAACAAUCGCCGCUCUUGUAGAGCAUUUCGCCCCAGGAAAAAUGGUAAGUUUUGAGCCACAUUGAAUGGAUUGAGAUUUAUAUAUAGUAGUUUAUUGUGAUGAGGAAAAGAUCCUUGCAACUUUCUCUAUUUAUAUUGGAUUGUACUUCCUAUCAAUUUCAAUACAAUCAUAAAAUUAUGUUAAUAAUAAGUGAUAUUCAAUAAGUAAUUUUUGGCUAGUUUUCUCAUCUCAUCUCAAAUAUAAUUCUCUCAUAAUAAUUUAUUAAUAAUAUAUAUAUAUAAUUCACAUAGAAAUUUCAUAAUUAAAAUUCAGAUUUCCUUUGACAUAAGUUUAGAAGUUGAUUCCUUAACUUUGGACUCAUAAAAUGCACGCUCUAAAAUGGUUUUCUCAUCAUAAUUUUUCAUUUUAUUCUUUUUUACGCAAAAAAUCCGAAAGAUCCUAACAAUGAUUUACUCGUGGGGAGAUUUUUUUCUCUCUUUUUUUUUUACUUUGAAGAGGGUCGCAAUAAUGUUCUACAGUACAAACAAAUAUUUUUCUCUCUUUUUUUUUCUUGCAUAAUUCAGAGUGAUUCUCAUCUCCUUAAAU